UCAAUUACGGUACCCACAAUUCAUUUUCAAAAUGGCAGCGCCCAUGUCGUGAUCCGAGGCGUGAACUUGGAAUACCUCUUACCAAAGCUCUCGGCCUUCUUCACAACAUUUGGGGCCUGUGUCGCAUUCUAACAACGCGUUGUGACAAGAUAAGACAUCCAAUAUGCCGCGAACACCGUUCUAUGAGGAUUAUAUGGGGAUAAGGAAGAUGGCCCAGCGUAUCCUGAAGGAGCGAGAAGCGGCCUUCCAAGCCCUCCCCGACAGAGAGAAGGCGCGUCUCCGGCCAAGGAUUCUUCCCAUUCCCGUCCAAGAGGCUGUGAAGAGAGGAGAGAAGCGGCUUUUUGAGGUUCUGAGGGACGAGGCGGACUGGGGAGUCGGGAAACUGGUGACCCGCGUGCUGUGGCAGACGCGUUACCCAGAACCUUGCUUCUGGAGGCUCACCAGGGUCGCUCCAGACGAGCUUGCGGAAAAUCGCGACUUCGGAGAGGCUUGGGGGAUUCGGACAUGGCGGGGGAUCUACGAGAACGCCGAACGACAAAUCCUCGACGCCAACACGACACACGGCUGGUGGAUUGUGCCUCCUGAGAAGGAAGAAGAGUUCUGUACCAUCCCCGAGGACUCGACCUACGCGGAAGAGCGAAAGGUUCCCUACGAAGUGCCGGUACCUCCGCUACUGAGGGCGAUGAUUUUGGCGGAGCGGGAGAGAAAGGGUGAAGAUCUGACUGAACCUAUGAUGCCCAUAACUGUGGCUACAGGACCCCGUCACAGGGCCUCACAAGUGUCAUGGGAAGAGUACAAGCAGUGGUUGAAGGAGAAGAAUAUUUAGUAGAUAAAAUCUUGGAUUUAGAUAUUCUAGGAAAGAUUUCGAUUAUGACACUUGUAAGCCCAACACUAACAGUGGAAAGUACCACAAAGUGGUUAUACAGUAACAAUGCAUUAUGUUUUGCUGUCAAAAUAAAAUAAACUUGAAAAUGAUGCAGUAGUACUGUUUUGUCUGGCACAAAUUGUUUGAACAAAGAGUUCUUUCAUUAAACAUGUUAUGGUUG